AUGUGGCCUCGCAUCCCUUCAACGUACGUCCCCAAACACACCACACAUACCCACUCCCACCACCUAACCAUCCCAAACCCAAAGUUCCAAUUCCGCAUCGCCUCCAGCCUCGCCAAGAAGCCCCAAACCGCCACCCGCCACCAAAGAAAAGUGUCCAACGCCUUUGCCGAUGAUAACCCCGAUUUCAGUCUGGGCCUCAUCGGCCCAACGCAUAAAUUGAUACUGAACAAGUUCUGCGUUGUAAGACCGCAGUUCGUGCUGCACACGGUGGAGUUCGAGCCGCAGCAGACGCCGCUUAGCCUUGCGGAUCUGGGGGCGCUGUGGAGCGUGUUGGGUAGUUUGCAGAGCGAGCACCUUGCUAUUUUCAACUGUGGUGCUGAUGCGGGGGCGAGCGUGGGGCAUAAGCAUAUGCAAGUGCUGCCGCAUCCUGGGAGGGAGGCGUUUGAGCUUUUUCCUGAUGGGGGGGAGUUGGGGGAUGAUAUAUGGGUGAACGAGGAAGUGCCGUUUAGACAUGCUGUGCAGAAGCUACCGAAGGUGGUGGAUGCAGAUGCGCUUGUGACGGUGUAUCAGAAGCUGCGGAAUUAUUUGUCGUUGGAGCAGGGGACGCCGCACAAUGUUAUCCUGACGAAGAGGUGGUUUAUGGUGGUGCCUAGAAGGGUGGGGCGCAUUGCGGAUGGGGAGAUGGCUGCGAAUGCUGCCGUCAUGGUUGGGAUGGUGUGGAUGACGAAAGAACGCGAGUAUGAGUUGUGGACGAGACAGGAUCCGAUGGAAUUUCUGCCGGAAUUUGGAGUGCCUCGUUAG